AUGUGGCAUGCGGCACCGGCUGCCAUGACCUUGCUUCCUUCUUCGCCAAAAGGCUAUGUGAGCCCGAAAGAUGAGGAGUCCGAUUCAGAAGGCUCUUCAAUGGGGAUUUGCAGACAGCUGGAUGAUGAGAGGGGUUCUGACAACGAUGCGAGAGACGGUCCAUGCCGCUUGGAGCGGACCCGACUCUGGCGGAGGGAAGUGGUAGAGCGAAACAUCAAGUUUGGUGCUACCAUCAUCCUCAUAGAGAACAUCUUCCUAUCCUUCCAGACCUUCGCGGCGAUCGUUUUGAAGGAUCCCUGGGCGCUCUGGGUCCAGUAUCUCAUCACCUACGCCAUUGAGUGGCCGAUCUUGCUGUACGUUAUCAAAUAUCCGAGGAUCUGGUUGUAUCUGGUUAUCUUGGGCUUUGAUGCGCUCAUCUCUCUAGUGGCAGCAGAUCCAAUGAUAUUCGAUCCAACGUUGACCUGGAACGAGUCUGUGGAAAUCACCGGAUAUCAGGUGCUGUACUUCGACAUGAUCUACAUCUUGAUGUCUGUGAUGUACUACCCAUCCUUGACCACUUUGAUCAUCUUCAGCUUAUCAAGGACCUUGGUCUACUCGUCCUACUUGAUCGUCGUCCUCUUCCAUUGCAGCUCCGACGUCGCGGAGGUGCAUCUUCGUCAACAGAUCCUGGAUACAGCCGUAGGAGUCUUAUCGCUGCUGGUGGUCAAUACGAUCGCCAUCGCGCAGAAGAAACACUUGGGAAAGCUACAGCGCCGCCAAGCAGAGAAAGAGUUGGAACGCCGUAAGAUGUGUUCGAAGAUGUUCACAGUGUUCAAUUCCAUCCUACCACCAUUUUUGGUGAAGCGCAUUUUACGCAAUCCGUCCCACGCCAUCGGCGAUAGGGUGGAGCGAGUUUCGAUUUUGUUCGUUCUCCUGACCGACUUCGAAAGAUAUUCCAUGACCAUGACUCCAGUGAAGCUCUUCCGCUUCCUCAACGAUACCUUCAUUGAGAUUGAUGUGAUCUGUGCCACUCACGGGGUCACCAAGAUCGAAACUGUAGGUGAGGAAUACGUCUGCGGCGUUGGGGUCUCGCCCACAGAUCAGGAUGAGGAUCACCUCACCGGCCACACGGGCUGCUUGAGCCGUUUGCUGCUGGUGGCCUGGGAGUUGAAGAACUUGCCCAGGACCACCUUCAAUUCCGGCGUGAAAAUGGGAAUCCACACGGGCCCAGUGGUGGCGGGAGUGGUCGGAAAGAGGCUCCCGCGCUUUCGCCUCUUCGGCGACACCAUGAAUACCGCGGCGCGGAUGAUGCAGAAGGGCCUGCCUGGCGAGGUUCAAUUUGGUGAUGAAACCCUGAAAUAUUUGCCCUCCUGGGCUUCCACGAAACCCCGCGGCUACGUGGCGAUGAAGGGAAAAGGCAACGUCAUGACCCAUUUGCUGCGUGGGGAACCUCCAGAGGAAAUUUCAGGGAUUGAAGCCACCCGGCAGACCAGCGAGAAGCUGAGCAUCCCAACGGUGGGUGCGAUGGGCGACCGCCUUCACUCACCUCCCCGAAGGGAUCAUCGCUUCCACACUGAUGUGCCGGUGGUUGAGCACUCUGGUCCAAGGCCUUCGGAGCGCGUGGACCAUCGUGCACAAACGCAGCCGGGCCACCUUCGACGGCCUGAGGUGCGCAAACCUUCGACUGGUAGCCCAAAUCGCUUGGCAGGCAUCAUGAAGGAGCUGCUGGGCAUGAAUGGGGACCAGUCCGACACGGACUACGAUGGUGAGGAUAUCUUGGAAGUGGCACGCGAAGUGACAAAGUCGCAAAGUAGCCAGAUCAUCGCUUGGUGGGGCACCAGCGGCACCCUACGACGCACGUUGCAGCGUCUCGCUGACUGCCGAAGGUGGGCCAGUCCAAGGGGAUUUCCGGACAAUGAAGAGGAGGACUUCCUGGUCUGGUUCCACAACAACAUCACCUGCGGCCGACUUCUGAAAGAGGUGAGAAAGCAAGCACUUUCCUCGUUUCUGGUGACCAUUGGUACUACAGUUUAUUCAGUUUUCAAGUUGGGAGGCUUUGAGAGUAGUGACGACAUCUGGGUCUCCCUUCUGGAGAUCAAAUGGUUCUUGCUCUGCCGCAUCACCAUUUGGUUCAUCAUCUUGGCCUUUUGGCAUGUGGUGGCGCAAGGCUAUCUUCAGCACGGCGAUGUGCUCAGACAUCAGGCCGUGCUGUCUACGGUGAAGCACGUUUUGGGCAUCUUGAUCUACUGUUCCUAUGGCAUCCUGCUGAAGAUCAUGCCCAGCCAUGGAUUUUACACCUGGUCCCGGCUCUGUCCACGUUUUUCCUUGCUGGGCAUCUCGGAUAACAUCUUGCCGCUGGCGCUUUUCAUGGAGUUUUGCUAUUGGAUGACCAAAGCGCAGACCCUGUUUUUGCCCGGCUUCAUCGGUGUGUGUAUCACUGCCGCAAUCCUGAUCCUCUUGGGCCGCCAGUUGGUUUUUGACACUGGUGGACUCCUGAACUAUCUGAACGUUGUGAGUCUCUUCAACGCCUUCCGCAUUUUUUCCAUGGAGUGGGUCCUGCGCCAGAGGCACAUCGCCAUGCGGCGGGUGGAAGUGAUGCAGGAGAAGAUUGAGGGCAUCUUGAGAACUUUGAUGCCUCCCAUGGUCAUUGAGGAGAUCAAGAGAACAGCAACCUUUGUGUCGCACAACUACAGAUCAGCGACCAUCGCCCAAUCGGACCUAGUGGGCUUCACCACCUUGGCCAGUUCACGGGAGCCCAUGGAGGUUGUACGCAUCAUCAGCGAUCUCUUUGACAAAUUUGAUGAUCUUGCAGAUCAGUAUCACAUCUACAAGGUGGAGACCGUUGGGGAUGCCUACAUCGCUGGUCAAGCGGACAAUCCACUGACCAGCUGCAAUCAACCUCUAUUGGUCGUGCUCUUCGGAAUACAGAUGACCAUGGCGACCCGCACUUGGUCUGCUCAGCAAGGUGAAAAUAUCAGUUGUCGCGUGGGAGUUCAUACUGGAGAAUGUGUGGGUGGCAUGGUCGGCGAAUCGAUGCAGCGCUACCACCUAUUUGGGGACCUGAUGCGACGACUCGAGAUCUUGGAAGCCACAGCUCCCACGGGACAAGUGCAAGUCAGCAGGGCCUGCAAGCAAGCGGUUGAAACGCAAAUCCAAAGACACCCGCAAGAGGUGGCUGAUGUCAUGGAGCACGUCAUCUUUCAAAGUCGUGCAGAACAGGUCCUUACCAGUUCCAAAGGCUGCCCUGACCUCAGAAAUCCAGUCAAGACCUGGCCAGGUGAGAUCCAUGACUACAGCGAGGUUGGUGGGCCAACCUACCUGGCACGCCCUGCCCCGAAAAAGAUGGCACCAUGGGAGCUGGGUUCAUGGCUGGUUUCUGGCUG